AAUCCCACAUACGCACUCUCUCCAAAGCAACUGGCGAGAAGAAGGAAGGAGCGACACAAAAAGCGAGGGCAACUUUUCAAAAAAGUACUGCAACGAGGGAAACUUUUCUUAAAGAUGUCCAACGUGUCGGUUUUGCUGACGGAUCACUUGCGAGGGAAUUGAUAUAUUUUUUUUAAGGAGAAAUCAGGAGGGGACGCGCUUUUUUUCUUCUUCUUCCACCGUAUGAAACGUCAAAAAUCUGCCUGGGUUUUUACAGAGCAGGCGCUUCUGAGCUGGAGUGAUUUAAUGUCCCCGGGUCUCUGUGCAGGGCAGUGAAGGAUGCCAGGAUGCCCCCUCUGAUCGCCCAUCUGCUGGUCAUCUGGCUGAGCGUCCACAGGCUGGUGUGGUGCACGGAGCGCUCCUCCACCCGGGAGCGCUUCAAGGUGGUCAUCUCUCCUCUCAUCUGCAAGAGGAUCUGUGUGAAGGGCCAGUGUCAGGAUACCUGCGAGCAGGGCAACAACACCACGCUGAUCGCAGAGAACGGCCAGGUGGCAGACACGCUCAUCGGACAGGGCUUCAGGGUCGUUGUGUGUCCCCUGACGUGUAUGAAUGGAGGAGUUUGCAGCUCGAGGAAGCACUGCCUUUGCCUGCCUGGCUUCACCGGGCGGCUCUGCCAGUUUCCACUCCAUCACACGCAGCAAGCUCAGGCAGCGCGGGGCAACAAGCAGCCCAUCUACCCCCUAUCUUUGAAGCCAGACAUCCAUAAGCAACUGGAGCAUUUAAGCAUAUCGCGUACACAGUUGAUGCAAACCCACUCAGUUUUCACCCUACCCAUGUCACACUCUUCUGAAGUGCAGUUAAAUGUACGUGUUCACCACACGCCAGACACCUCUGUAGUCAUUCAAGCUCUCGACCAAUCAGAUGUCAAGCCUCCUCACAAGACAGGGCCUCGUCCGAUCCCCUCCAGACACAAACCGAAGGGACGCUGCUUCCAGGAGACCACACCCAAACAAGCUUGCAACAGCACCCCACUUCCUGUUCUGACCAACCAGGAGGAUUGCUGCGGCAGCGUCGGGAAUUCAUGGGGACAACACAAGUGUUACCAGUGCCCCAAACUGCCAAAUGCAUCAGUCAAGCAUACCAUUGUGGAAGAGUACGGCUCCACCUGUCCACAGGGCUAUAAAAGAUUCAACAGCACUCACUGUCAAGAUAUCAACGAGUGCUCGAUGCAGGGCGUCUGUCAGAACGGAGACUGUCUGAACACACUGGGCAGCUUCAAAUGUACCUGCAAGGCGGGUUGGGUGUUUGACAGGAGUCGAUGUGUUGAGUCCCAAGCUGAGCAGGCUCAGUGCUUCCUGAUAGCGUCUGUUGUCCGGGGCUGCGAGCACGCGCUGGCCACGCCCCUCACCCAGGAGAUGUGCUGCUGCACGGUGGGAAAAGCCUGGGGCCGCAACUGUGAAAGAUGUCCUCAGGUGGGCACAGUGGCCUUCAGUAAGAUCUGCCCUGCUGGGAAAGGAUACUUGCUCCAAACUACAAUAGAGACCAUGGCCUUCCCUCCCAUCAUCUUCCCCCCUAAGCCCGAAAAGGAGGAUCCACAUCCAGAGAAAGUGACUGAACAGCCUCCUACCAGCACUACCAGUCGCCGUGUGCCCGUUGUUAAACCCACCCCGCCAACAAUCGUGAGAAUGACCCCAGGCAAUGACCCCUUCGAAACACAGACAAAAGUCUUGCCAGAGGCAGAUGAAUGCAGGCUAAGCAGGAACAUUUGUGGUCGCGGGGAGUGUGAGAACAGCCUGAACGGCCACAUCUGUCACUGUCACCCUGGCUACCAUCUCAACCCGCAGAGGAACAUCUGUGAGGAUGAUAAUGAAUGUGAUUCAGAACCGUGCGGCCACGGCAGAGGCCUUUGCGUCAACAUAGAAGGAUCUUACAAAUGCCACUGUCGUCAGGGCUAUAAACACAUGGUGCAGCAUGGGAGACUCAAGUGCGUCGACGUGAAUGAAUGCUCCAAGCAGGACAUCUGUGGUGUUGGGGGAAAGUGUGUGAACCUGCCCGGCUCUUAUAAAUGUGAAUGUCAUGGCGGCUUCAGGAGCAAGUCCCACCGUCAGCCAGCAUGUGAAGACAUUAAUGAGUGUUUGAGCCCUGACACGUGUCCCAAUGAGCAAUGUGAGAACACACCAGGCUCAUAUGAGUGUGUUCCCUGCUUGCCUGGACACGAGGCCCGCGGGGGCAUCUGCUAUGACAUUAAUGAGUGUCAGAAUCCUGGCAUCUGUCCUAACGGCCGCUGUGAGAACCUCCCUGGUUCGUACCGCUGCAUGUGCAACGAGGGCUUCUACAAUACAGACAGCAAAGGCUGCAGUGACAUUGAUGAGUGUGAGGACUCCAGGCUGUGUGCUAACGGCCGCUGCAUCAACACAGAGGGGUCCUUCCAGUGCCAGUGCCACCCGGGGUACCAGCGCACACAGGAGGGCAGCCACUGCGAAGAUAUCAAUGAGUGUGAGAGGCCAUCGAACUGUCAGAGGGGCCGCUGCAUCAACAACAUGGGCUCGUACCACUGUGAGUGCCAGAAGGGCUACACACUGGUGGGAGGAAGGAGAUGCCAAGACAUAGACGAAUGUGCCGAGGACAGGAGUCUCUGCAAGCCCUUCGGCUCUUGUGAGAACAGACCGGGCUCGUAUUUGUGCGCCUGCAACCACGGCUUUGUGCUCUCAGAGGACAAACACAGCUGUGAGGCAGUUCGAGUGCAGGUGGAUGAGAAGAAGGAAUGCUACUUGAACCUCGACGACACUGUGUUCUGCGACAGCGUCCUGGCCACUAACGUCACCAAGCAGGAGUGCUGCUGCUCCAUUGGAGUGGGAUGGGGAGACCACUGUGAGGUCUACCCCUGUCCUGUCUCCCGUUCAGCCGAGUUCCACUCCCUGUGUCCUAACGGACAGGGCCUCUACUACGAUGAAGGACUCAUGUACAGCCUGCCUGUCUACCAUGAUAUCGACGAGUGUUUUCUGUUUGCUGAUGAAAUCUGCAAGAAGGGUCGCUGUGAGAACACGCAGCCUGGCUACGAGUGUUACUGUCAGCAGGGCUUCUACUAUGACGGCUAUCUACUUGAGUGCAUUGAUGUAAAUGAAUGCCACGACGAGUCUCUGUGCAAUAAUGGUCACUGCGUCAACACCGAAGGGUCCUUCUACUGCAACUGUAACAGGCCCUGGACCCCAGACUCCAACAAGAAGAGCUGUGUGAUAGCAACAGUAGCCGAUGUGAAUGAGUGUGAGGACCCAGCCAACUGUAAGAAUGGCCACUGUGUGGACACUCCAGGCUCGUACUACUGCUUCUGCGCCGUGCCGUGGACCCUGGCCACCGACCGUAACAGCUGUGUGACCCCUGAGGAGCAGGCUGAUGUGAAUGAGUGCCAGGACCCCUCGUACUGUAAGAAUGGGAGGUGUGAGAACACGCCCGGCUCCUUUCACUGUUUUUGCGACCCUCCCCUCACCUUCAGUGCAGCGCUGAAACAGUGCGUCUAUGACGAUCGCACUGCAGCCCACAAGGACGUGUGUUUCCUGCAGGUGGACGAGGGCCUGAUCUGCAGCGAGCCCAGGAACGGCCUGGUGGUGACCUACUCCGAGUGCUGCUGUCACUACGGGCGCGGCUGGGGGCCCGAGUGCAACACCUGUCCCCCCAGAAACUCAGAGAUGUUCAGUCGUCUGUGUGAGAUGCAUCUGGAGACCGAGUCUGAUGGGGAGCAGGAUUUCCUGGCAGCUUUCGCAAACUAUAACCCAGGUGACAGUUCAGAGGAGGAUUCGGACGAAUGCAGCUGUGCAAAUGGCCGCUGUGUGCGCUCCUACCUCGGCACCAUGUGUGAAUGUAACACAGGCUUUAGGCUGGACCACUCCCGCACCCGCUGCACAGACAUCGAUGAGUGUGCAGGAGUCAAUCCAUGCAAGAACGCUCGCUGCGUGAACAACGCCGGCUCAUACAAGUGCUACUGCAAAAACGGCUUUGUGGCCACGCGCAGGCCGAACACAUGCGUCCGACGCAGAAUUCGGUAACCUCCGUGUGUCCCUCCGAUCAUCCAUAUCUAGUAUGCAAUGCACACAAAAACACAUGCUGCACACACAAACACACAUCUGUCUCACCGUACGAACAUGGCGGAGCAUGAAAAGGCAGUUAACCCGAAAACAUGAAUUCUCAUCAGGAGCCAAAUCAUAGCAAUAUGAAAUGUUCAAAACAUUGUCAGCUCCUCUUUCUGCCCUCAUUUCACAUUUAAAGAAGCAAUCAAUACAGACAAGGAAUAUCUUAUUAUAUAUUUGUUUGUUUGUUAAACUUUUUGUAAUUAUUGUUUUUGAACUGUACUUGGUAAGUUUAAAUUGUGAUUUUGUUGUUGUUUUGUUUUCAUUUAUCUCCUUGUUACAUUCAUUUGUUAUUCCUUAUUUGAAUAUCAGAUCUCAAGCCCUCUUCUGUUUUUACUUUUAAAUAAUCUGGUAUUCCGGUUCUCUACUUUUGCCCAUUUAAUAUUUACAAUUACAGAGAAGCCAUGAGAACAUUUACAUGUGACUGUAUUCCCCUUUACAUUCCCUUUUAAGUCUGCUUUCUUUUUAUGUUAAAAUCUAAAUGUAUGUCAGCUGAUAUUGUAUUUUCUAAACCACACAUUGUUGAUUUUGUGUUUUUGUACAGUUUGUCUGAUGGAUCAACAGCUUCUAUAAGAAUGGUCCCUGUCCUAGCCCUGUUUAUUUGUUGAUGUAAAAUAUGAGAAACCUGAAGUUUUUGUAUAAUUUGACGUGCGCACCUAAGUGACUUUGAGCUAGAAAAUAAAUGUCAUGCACUUAGCAAUGAACAUGGUGGGAAUAUUUGCUAAAUGUAGCUUAUUCCAGAAAAACAAGAACGUUUGACAUCUUUUGUCAGAGUAUGAAAUAUUUAGAAAUCCAAAGACGCUUUUGAGAUGAGUAGAAUUUGAUUAAAAAAGAAGAAUCUGUCAUGCAUUUGUUUUUUAUUAUGGGAUGUUUUGUGUUUUCAAAAAAUAUAAAACCUGAGCAAACUGACAUUUACAUAAGGACAGCUUAAGGAGUAUGGGAGACUGCACUGUGGAUCUUUCAGUGCUGCAUUUUAAGCACGCCUAGAAAGUAAAUAAACCCGGCACAUGGAGGGUUUUCAGUGUUCUGUUGGCUUUACUCUCUUGCUUGUUACUUCAAUGUACAGAUCUGUAACUUUUUAUAAACUGAAUUAAUUUAA